UAUUCAAAACUAAAGCGUAGCGACAUGGCGUUAAACGUUGCCCUUGUUGGAGUGUGUAUGGCCUUUAUUUCGGUCACAACCGCUAUAACACCCGUGCCGGUAUCACCGUUCCAGUGUCAAAGUAACAGUGACUGCAAUGCUGAUCAGUGUUGCUCGAAGAUUCCCAAGAUCAUGGCCGUCAGCAGACGACAGAUUGCUCCACUUCCAGAACUCCAACUAAUCGUUAGCUCUUCUUGUAAACCUUACAUACCAACGAACGGAUCCUGUGUCAAUGUGAUUUCGGUUAAUGGCGACUGCGGCUGCGCACCAGACCAUACGUGCAAACACUUUCCUGAACUAGAUCAACCAUUUCUUUUUUCGAGAAAGCGUGAUUUUUUCCUAGGGAAUCCGUUAGCAUAUAGAUGUGUUCCAAAGACCGUUUAAAAUAACCAAUACAUUUUACAAAGAUAAAAUAUGCUUUAUUCUUACACAGAAA